AUGCAGACGUCGUUCAAGGCGGGGGGCGACGGUGACGGCGCGCGCGCGAGGUGGUCGGAGGAUGGACGCGGCGACGAGAGCGCGAGCGAUUCGGUGGCGAGAGAGUUCGCGCGAAGAGUGCACGUCGCGGGGAAGGUGGCGGAGCGCGUGCGCGCGGAGAAGGUUCAGACGGUGGAGUUGGCGUUGGCGCAGGCGGAACAUGAAACGAACGCGCUGCGAGAUGGAUCGAUCGAUAACUUUGCGCUGGAAGAGCAGCGGGUGACGUCGGACGGGACGAGCGGGAGCGCGAUUUGGUUGACCACGUGCGCGGUGUGCGAGGGUGCGAGUGCGAGCGAUUGUAGGAAGCUCUUAGAGGGGUGCGUGAAGUUCCAAAUCGAUCUCAAUCGAGUUGGGAACAGAACGAAUCACGGGAAAGGGAUAUCGCCGUUAGCGCUGCUGUGCAUGAUGCUCGAGCGAAGCAUGGUGUCGCCAGCGCAGCGGAGGCGUUUGGACGACUUAGAGUUCAUGAGAGCUGCCGAUAGAAGUGAAAGUGACGGGGGAGUUAAAAUCGAGGGCGAGCUGUACUCGCAAAAGGUUGCGGAGAUACGAAAGAUGGUGCUCGAGCGCGACGAUGAGGUGAAGCAGAGCGCGGAGGCCAUCGUCGAGUUCGCCACGGCGCUGCUUGCCGCUGGAGCGGAUCCAAACGGCAUGUUUGAGGCGAAACCGGAGACGAGCCUCGUUGCGGAUAGGCGCGUCGCACCGUACGAAGGCAUGCCAGGUACCAAGGGCUCGCCUUUGUUUUUCUGCGCACUGGCGGUGAUAUCGGGCGCGGGCGACGAAGCGCUCACCUUGGCGGCCCGCUUGAUCAGCAAGGGAGCUGAAGCCAACGUGGAUUGCGAGCGACCAGGUAUAAACGCAUGCUGUGGAAAAUUUCUCAAUCCGUUGACGGUAUGUUGCGCCGCUCUCGAAGCGAGCAUAGGGUACGAGUUUGACAACGAAAGAAAAAGUAGGAUAGCAAGACUCGGGUGUCUGAUUGUGCAGUGUUGCGCGGACGUCAAACUUAACGUGGAAUCGACGUUCACGCACAGACUCACCGUCGAUGAAUUAGCCGUGCGAAGAGUAGCACCGUUCGAAUGCCAAACCUCGCUGCGAGGGCCAGCCAUCUUCAUUUUAGCGUGCGCAAUUGCGGAAGGUGUUGGUGCAUCCGCCGUGGCGCUGAUGGACGUCAUCAUGGAGAGGUCUGGAAAGUUCAGAGUCAACGAAGUCAUCGUUGGAGCUCGGCCUCAUCACGGGCUAGUUUUACCCUUACUUACCAUGGUGCUCGAUGCCAUCGAUGCCCCGGCUUCGUUUAACGCAACGGGGUACAUGAGCACUAAGGAUUGGUGGGAAUCUGCAGCUCUGAAGGCGAGCGUGUCAGAUAUGGGCAGUAUGUUAGGAUCGCAAAUGUCAAAGCCCGAAGGAUCUAUGAGUGGUUUGGAUCGAGUGACGAAAGAAGAUGUCGAUUCUGUAGAGUCUUUCCUUCCAGAAAUCAACGAUGCCGCUUUCGAUGGAGCAGGCGCGACUGCACGCCGUGAGGAAGCGGAGACGAAGAAGGCGAAGAAAACUUACGUCAAAUCGCCGUCAGAGAUAGCACAAGAGGAAAAUCACGACGCCAAAGCUCGUGAGAUAGCCCAAGCCAUCGCGGAGGCAGAGCGUGCGAAGUAUCAAGAGAAAGAACAAAUAGCCAUUGAAUCAGACGAGGGAGUCGACAACGAAGAGACGCUCAAUGCAAAGGGAGCGACGAUGUAUGAAGACGAGGACGGGAACACUUUUGUGGUUGGAUAUACUGAUGAAAUGUUGAAAUCUAAUUCGGGGGUGUUUCAAGACGAAUCUCGUAUGACGCCCGAAGAAUUGGAGCUCGCGCGGGCGAAAGCCCAAACAGAGCGCGAGGAGAACGGCCGACGCCUCAUAGAGGCAUGCAAGCGUGCUACUUUUGAGAUAAUCGAACGAGGAGAAGAGCUCAUCGAUGUUGCUUCUAAGAAAUUAGGCAUAGAUUCAGCGGAAGACAUCGAAACGCUAUUCAAUCGUCCGAGGCAGGCUCAACUUGAUUGCAUCGAUCUUGCAAAACGGUUGUUGAAAAAUGGCAUCAACCCAAAAGUAAAAAUGACACUCACACGCGAAUAUGUGCACACUUGUCCAGAAAUGACGGCAACACCACUUUCCAUAGUAUGUGGUUACAUUGCAAGAGGUAUUCCAGAGAUGAUUCCACUAAUGGAGGCUCUCGUCAAGGCUGGUGCUGACGUCAGCACGAGGGGGCUGGGUCCAUAUCCUAUUUCUGCGCCGCCAAUUUUCGCACUGGCGUUGGCUCUGUAUCACGGCGUCGAGGGAGCGGCGGACGCAUUGGAGGGCUUGUUAAAAAACUACAACGUCGUGGUGGACAUCAAGGCGAUAUUUCCCGACGGAAGCAAGUCGACAACACUGAUUCAGCUCAUUCACGCGUUGCGUGUUGGGAGAGCAAGUCGUGAGCGUGUUCAGCUAUUGAUCGAAUUAUUGCUCGAAAAGGGUGCGGAUCCAAACUUGUGCUGCAUCGAAGUUUUUAGCGAACAUAUCCCAGAAGCUUACAUCGAGGCGAUGAAACUCUCAAACUAUCAAACACCACCGGUGACUUUUUUCAAACUACCAGAGACGAACUUGCUGUCUGCUCGCUCAGAGGAAAAUGCACAGGCCGCUUCAGUUGUGCAUCGCUUGCGUCAGCCAUCUAUGGAUCUUGCCCUUUUGAAUCCAGACGUUCACGAAGAUCUGUCUGACGGUGAAUUGCGCUCGCUCGAGUUUGGGAAGAUCUUUGAUGAAGUGAAAAAGCUUAAGGAUAUUCAACGAGCGGGAAGCGAGGCGGACACUGAAUCAGUCCGAUCGUCCAUGUUUGGAUCUAUGAAAAACUUUGAUUUCGGCGCUCCUUUUCCUGCCCUACCAGAUCGCUCGGGCGAGUGCGAGUACCCGCCUUUAUUCUGGGCUAUCGAAGCAGCCGCCAAAGAAGGUCACGUAGAGGCGCUCAAAGUCGUGAGACUUCUCAUCUCUCUUGGAGCGGAUGUCACGUAUAUGAUUGAGAAAAACUAUCACUCAUGGGCUGAAGGCAGCUUGGUGGCUCUGGCAGUGAUGUCAGCCUUAGAAGCCGCUACGCCGUUCUCACCGCCGGAAGAGGAAGAGGAUCACAACAGAAUAUCUGUCGGCGAAGUUUUACUCAGAUUGAACCAGGCAGCGGAACCUGCGGAGGGGAAUGACGACGCUUUGGAUAACGUUGCUGAGCACACUCUGCUUCAGAGAGGACUCAAUGAAGAACUCGUCAAAGGAAAAGAAAGAGGUACACUAAAGUCAAAGAUUGAAGAACAGGAAACGGCCACGAAUCCAGAUAUUGUGCGAAGAGCUGCGGUUCUCAAUUCGUUGGUCCUGGAGCGACCAAAUGAUCGACGCGAGUACAAGGUCACUGAUGUGCACUAUAAAAACGUCGACGAAUCCAGCCAGGAUAGAUCGGAGAACGAAAACACGUAUAAACUCGUUCAAGGAGUUCUACGCCCGGAACAUUCACGGUUUGGGCCGAGACAUCUGGCCGCUCGUCGAGGCAUUCCAGGCCUCACGCGAACCGUUGCUGUUGCGCACACGUCCAUUGAGUCAAGAGCCAUUGAGUUGACUCGCGCUCAGAACGAACAAAGAACGAAUGAGAUCAGGCGAGCAGCCGUAAACAACACAACAAAGCACUUGCCAAUCGCCACACCGGUGGCGACCAGCGUCACGAGCAGCGAUCAAAACAUUUAUGCCACGAAAUCGGAUUCUAUGUCAGACGAAUACGUAGCGGUCGACCACAAGGAGGAAGAGUUCGCCAUGGCGGAGGUUGAAGAAGCUAUGCGUCGAGAACGUGAAAAAAUGAUGCUGCGCGGUCAAAUCGUUCCGCUUCGCGCCGUCGAAAACGCAAACAAAGUUAAACGCAUCACGCGACGUGAACAAACCAUUCACGAUGACAGUGUCAGAUCAUCAGAGCUUGCACAACAGGCUCACUGGCCUUCGGAUGACGAAUUCGGAACUGACACGGGCGCGCCCGGUCCUACCGAUAUGGACAAGUUAUACGAAGAAGUGGAAGCGAUCGGUCCACCGAGUCAGCAUGGUGAUCAAGAGGCGUGUGGAGAGGCGGAUAAUCGAGAGGUUGUACAGUGGGAUUCGGCUCCACGAUUAUCGCGAGAAGAGCUCGAACUUCGUCAUAACUCGCGUGCGAAGACGACAUUGGCCGUUGCGGUCGAACUUUUGGAGAGAUGCGGUACAGAGCAUAUAGACGCAUUCGGUAGAAAUCCACUGCUAGAGAUUUUCGGCGUCGGUCUCAUUCCGUACGAGUACACGCCACUCUUCAUCGCGCUCUAUGGCGCUGCCACGUCCAAGUCGCAGGAACAAUUGACUGUCGGCGUGACGUUGGCUAAAAUGUGCAUUAACAAGGGCGCAAAUGUCAACAAAAUUGGGCUUCAUUCUAUUCUCGCGCCAGGAGCGCGCAUGAACGUAAGCGAACAGGUGAAAGCACAUCGAGUGGCAAGAUUCAAAGAGCUUCGUAAGCGGUACGACGACGGCGAUUUGUCAGUCAUGCAGGAGCGCUUGGAUGAUGGAUUAGUGAUAAAUCCGGAAACAUCCAUUAAAAUGCGCAGCUACCCGUUGAUGUGGGCCGUCACUACGGCUAUUCGCGCCGAGUCAAGAAAACUAGGGUGUGAGCGCAUUGUUCAACACAUGCUCAUGGAGGGAGCUGAUCCAACGUCUAUUUCACUCGACUCCGUGGACGUUCGUACCGGUGCGGACGCUCGGUUGAGGCAUGGCAGUGUGCUAUACCUUUGGGGUACGGAUGUGGACUUAUGGAAAAUGUCUCAGAGUGCGUACCAGAGCACUAUGAGCGUGCGCUUGAAUAUUGCCCGGAUGCUAUCGGAGUGUGGCGCUAGGUCGACGUAUCGUGCAAAAUCGUGCAUGCCGUACGUUUCUAGUCACUUGGAGGCGGCGGCAUCUGGCAAAUGGCUCGUGAAAGGUAAAGAUGGAUACGGCAUCGUCGCCGCUCCUGAUAAGAGUGAGACGCAACCGCUUGAUAAUAUUGAGAGCUUCAAAGUCAGAGUCGCGCGAGCGCUGCACUCUGACGGAGCGCAAAAGCGCCACGUCACAAUUGAGUCGGAGCUCGACAAAAAGGUGGGCGCACUCCGCAAUCAAGGUGCAAGCGAUGCUAUCGGUACCUGGCUUUGGCCCGAUGCGGAUGAGUCAAUGACAGAAAAAAUUCCGACCGGUAGCGAUAAUAUCACGUACAGGUUGAGCUCGGAGUCGCCGUACGUUCACGUUCAGCGACAAGGACAGAUUGAAAUCGUCAACCUCAGCGAUGCGGAAGACGAAGAAGCGAGCACAGUGCCCUCGUACGAUAAACUCGAGGCGAUGACGAUUGCCGAGGCGAAGACGCUCGAAGAGGAGCGUACCGCGAAACACGCACUUAGAAAAAGACAAGCCGCCGUUGUUCGCGCCACGUUUGCCGGAACGCUUGACGACACAACAAAGACGAUGAUCGAUGAAACCUUGCUCCCGCACAAACUGUUGCACUGA